AUGGUAUGCGAGGGAAAGCGCUCAGCCUCUUGCCCUUGUUUCUUCCUCUUGACUGCCAAGUUCUACUGGAUCCUCACAAUGAUGCAAAGAACUCACAGCCAGGAGUAUGCCCAUUCCAUCCGGGUGGAUGGGGACAUCAUUUUGGGGGGUCUUUUUCCUGUUCAUGCAAAGGGAGAGAGAGGGGUGCCUUGUGGGGAGCUGAAGAAGGAGAAGGGGAUCCACAGACUAGAGGCCAUGCUUUAUGCAAUCGACCAGAUUAACAAAGACCCUGAUCUCCUCUCCAAUAUCACUCUGGGUGUCCGGAUCCUUGACACGUGCUCCAGGGACACCUAUGCAUUGGAGCAGUCACUAACCUUCGUGCAGGCAUUGAUAGAGAAAGACGCGUCUGAUGUGAAGUGUGCUAAUGGAGAUCCACCCAUAUUUACUAAGCCCGACAAGAUUUCUGGUGUCAUAGGUGCUGCAGCAAGCUCCGUGUCCAUCAUGGUGGCUAACAUUUUAAGACUUUUUAAGAUACCUCAAAUUAGCUAUGCAUCCACAGCCCCAGAGCUGAGUGACAACACCAGGUAUGACUUCUUUUCUCGGGUGGUCCCGCCUGACUCCUACCAAGCUCAAGCCAUGGUGGACAUUGUGACGGCCCUGGGAUGGAAUUAUGUGUCAACAUUGGCUUCCGAGGGAAACUAUGGAGAGAGUGGUGUUGAGGCCUUCACCCAGAUCUCAAGGGAGAUUGGUGGUGUUUGCAUUGCUCAAUCACAGAAAAUCCCACGUGAACCAAGACCUGGAGAAUUUGAAAAAAUUAUCAAACGCCUGCUGGAAACACCUAAUGCUCGUGCAGUGAUUAUGUUUGCCAACGAGGAUGACAUCAGGAGGAUAUUGGAAGCAGCAAAAAAAUUAAACCAAAGCGGACAUUUUCUAUGGAUUGGCUCAGACAGUUGGGGAUCCAAAAUAGCACCUGUCUACCAGCAGGAGGCGAUCGCAGAAGGGGCUGUGACAAUUUUACCCAAAAGGGCAUCAAUUGAUGGGUUUGAUCGAUACUUUAGAAGCCGAACUCUUGCCAAUAAUCGAAGAAAUGUGUGGUUUGCAGAAUUCUGGGAGGAGAAUUUUGGAUGCAAAUUGGGAUCACAUGGGAAGAGAAACAGUCACAUAAAGAAAUGCACAGGACUGGAGCGAAUUGCACGGGACUCAUCGUAUGAACAAGAGGGAAAGGUUCAGUUUGUAAUUGAUGCAGUGUAUUCCAUGGCUUAUGCACUGCACAACAUGCACAAAGAACUCUGCCCAGGAUACAUAGGCCUUUGCCCAAGAAUGGGUACCAUCGAUGGGAAAGAGCUCCUGGGUUACAUCAGGGCUGUGAAUUUUAAUGGCAGCGCUGGUACACCUGUCACUUUUAAUGAAAAUGGAGAUGCUCCUGGACGCUAUGAUAUCUUCCAGUAUCAGAUAAACAACAAAAGUACAGAAUACAAAAUCAUCGGGCACUGGACCAACCAACUUCAUCUAAAAGUGGAAGACAUGCGGUGGGCUAAUAGAGAACACACACACCCAGCAUCUGUCUGCAGCCUGCCGUGCAAGCCUGGGGAGAGGAAGAAAACCGUGAAAGGGGUCCCUUGCUGCUGGCACUGUGAACGCUGUGAGGGUUAUAACUACCAGGUGGAUGAACUCUCCUGUGAACUCUGCCCUUUGGAUCAGAGACCAAACGUCAACCGCACAGGCUGCCAGAGGAUCCCCAUCAUCAAACUGGAGUGGCAUUCUCCCUGGGCCGUGGUACCUGUGUUCAUAGCAAUAUUGGGAAUCAUUGCCACCACCUUUGUGAUUGUGACAUUUGUCCGCUAUAAUGACACACCUAUCGUGAGAGCUUCUGGGCGGGAACUUAGUUAUGUGCUCCUCACGGGGAUUUUUCUCUGCUAUUCAAUCACUUUUUUGAUGAUUGCGGCACCUGACACAAUCAUAUGCUCCUUCAGACGGAUUUUCCUGGGACUUGGUAUGUGUUUCAGCUAUGCAGCACUUUUGACCAAAACAAAUCGUAUCCACCGAAUAUUUGAGCAGGGGAAGAAAUCUGUCACAGCACCUAAGUUUAUCAGUCCAGCCUCCCAGCUGGUGAUCACCUUCAGCCUCAUCUCCGUCCAGCUCCUUGGAGUGUUUGUGUGGUUUGUUGUGGAUCCCCCACACACCAUCAUUGACUAUGGAGAACAGCGGACACUAGAUCCGGAGAAUGCCAGGGGAGUGCUCAAGUGUGACAUUUCUGAUCUGUCACUCAUUUGUUCACUGGGAUACAGUAUCCUCCUGAUGGUCACUUGUACUGUUUAUGCCAUUAAAACCAGAGGGGUCCCAGAGACGUUCAAUGAAGCCAAACCUAUUGGAUUUACCAUGUAUACCACUUGCAUCAUUUGGUUAGCUUUCAUCCCCAUCUUUUUCGGUACAGCCCAGUCAGCAGAGAAGAUGUACAUCCAGACAACAACUCUUACUGUCUCCAUGAGUUUAAGUGCUUCUGUGUCUCUGGGAAUGCUCUAUAUGCCCAAAGUUUAUAUUAUAAUUUUUCAUCCAGAGCAGAAUGUUCAAAAACGCAAGAGAAGCUUCAAGGCUGUGGUGACAGCUGCUACCAUGCAAAGCAAACUUAUACAGAAAGGAAAUGACAGACCAAACGGCGAGGUGAAAAGCGAACUCUGUGAGAGUCUUGAAACCAACACUUCCUCUACUAAGACAACCUAUAUCAGCUACAGCAAUCAUUCAAUCUGA